AGCCUUGUGUUAUAACGCCGGUCUGAGCAAUAACAAGCUGGCAGGAACAUUCAACAGGACAGUGGUGCCUGAAGAUGAUGCAGGGAAAGUGUUUGCCAUCGACUUCAACAGAGCAGAUCAGGAACUGGUAAUUGCUGCCGGAAUAGCCGAGGAGCCGUUCAGGAGUGACGACGAUGAGGUAGUUUUCCCACCUCGGGCUUUCACCUACAGUCUGGACGGUCAGCAAAAGAAUGCCUGGGCAUAUAUUACACCGGAAAUCGAAAGGGAUGGACCAUCUGCCAUCCACGAUCUGUGUACGUCUAAGGAUGGACAAGACUUCUAUCUAGCUGACCUCUUCCAGCAGAAGGUAUUCAAAUACACUAAGAACCAGCCAGACCUAACUGCGUAG